AUGAAGCAUCUUUUUGCACUCAGCGUACUGUUUGCUUUCGGCAUGACCGAGGCACACGGGAAUCUCUGGCAGCUUCAGAGUAUGAUUGAACAAGUCACUGGGAAAAAUGCCAUACUGGAUUAUGCUUUCUAUGGCUGCUACUGUGGUUUGGGUGGUAAAGGACGUCCAAAGGAUCCCACAGACAGAUGCUGCGAGAUGCAUGACUCCUGCUAUAGCCGGCUUAAGAAUUAUAGCUGUUUUCCCAAAAAAGUGAGCUAUAAGUACUACUCCUCGCAUGGAUCAGUAUUAUGUGGGUAUGGGUCCUGGUGUACAGAGCAGUCCUGUGACUGUGACAAGCGCCUGGUGCUCUGCUUGAAAAAAAACUUGUACAGCUACAAUAAGAAAUACAGAUUUUACUUAAAGAUGACAUGUUGA